UCAAAAUUCAGAACUAAAACAAUAACAAUAACUCGUACAAUAGUCAGAAUAUUCAGAAUAAUUUGAUAGUUAUAAGAAGUUCCAAAGAGUUGAACUGGAAUAUAUUUCAAGAAAGAAAAAGAAAAUGAGCUCAUCUGGUAGACGUGUGGCCCUGGUGACUGGGUCAAACAAGGGUAUUGGUUACGCUAUUGUUCGUGGAUUGUGCAAGCAGUUUGAUGGGGAUGUUAUUUUGACGGCUCGUAGUGAGAGUAAUGGGCAGGCCGCUAUCAAGCAACUUAAUGGCGAGGGUCUUCAGCCAAUAUUCCACCAGCUGGACAUCACAGACAAGGCUAGCAUUGACAGCAUUGGUCAAUUCCUGAAGUCCACGUACGGGGGCCUUGAUAUACUGGUCAACAAUGCAGGAAUUGCCUUCAAGGUGGCAGCCACAGAGCCAUUUCCAGUUCAGGCUGAGGUUACCUUGGCAACCAACUUCUGGGGCACUCUCAACGCCUGUAAUACACUCUUUCCUCUUCUCCGCCCACAUGCAAGGGUUGUGAAUGUAUCCAGUAUGGCAAGUCAGUUUGCAGCCAAGAAAUGCAGCAAGGAGCUACAGCAGAAAUUCAUGGCUCCAGGUCUAACAAUGGCAAAUCUGGAACAGCUUAUGACAGAGUUUGUCAGCUCCACAAAAGACGGCAGCUUCAAGCAGAAGGGAUGGCCGGAGUCUGCGUACGGAGUAAGCAAGGUUGGAGUGACCUUGAUGUCCUUUGUCCAGCAAAAACAGUUCAACUCUGAAAGCAGAGAGGACAUCAUUGUUAACGCUUGUUGCCCAGGUUACGUGGAUACAGACAUGAGCAGCCACAAGGGAACAAAAACAAUAGAUCAAGGAGCAGACACACCCCUUUAUCUGGCAAUGCUGCCUCCCAAUACAACCAGUCCAAAAGGAAACUUUGUCUCCGAGCGCAAAAUUGGAUCUUUAGUGUAAAGGUUUAAUGUGAAAAUUGUAUAUUUGCGUUAUUAGAACAUCAGUUUAUAUUCCUACAGCUUAUUGUGGUAUUUUGUUAGCAUUUUUAAACUCAUUUUUUGAACUGUAGGUUUUGGAUGAUAAAAUAACUGAAUUCA